AUGGCCCCAGGUCCGGGCAGCGUCCCGCCAAUCCUAACGAUCGUCGUGAUCCUUGGCGCGGGGAAGCUUCCAAAGUUCGGGUAUUUAUUUGUCACGGAAGAUCUUGUUAGAAGACGUGCAGAACAUAACAACUGUGAAAUUUUUUCGCUGGAAGAAAUUUCUUUACAUCAACAGGAAAUAGAAAAAUUAGAAUAUCUUGACAAAUGGUGUCGAGAUUUAAAAAUUCUCUAUCUUCAGAAUAAUCUAAUUCCAAAAAUCGAAAAUGUGGGCAAACUAAAGAAGCUGGAAUAUUUAAAUGUAGCUUUGAACAACAUUGAAAGAAUUGAAAAUCUGGAAGGCUGUGAAGAACUGAAGAAACUUGACCUGACAGCAAAUUUCAUUGGUGAACUCUCCAGUAUUGAAGCCCUAAAAUAUAAUAUACAUCUGGAGGAACUGUUUCUAGUGGGUAACCCGUGUACUGAAUUUGAAGGUUAUAGGCAAUUUGUAGUGGCAACUCUUCAUCAAUUAAAAUGUUUAGAUAGUAAAGAAAUAGAACGUUCAGAGAGGAUUCAAGCACUUCAAAACUAUCCAGAAGUGAAACAGAAAAUCAGAGAUCAGGAAAAAGCUUACCUUCUCAAAAGGGCCAGAGAAAAAGAAGAGGCUCAAAGAAGAAUGAAAGAAAGAAAGGACAAGAAACACAAACAAGUGGACUCUAAGCUUGGAUUUGAUAGCCCAGACUCCCUACAGGGCAAAGAAAACCAGGAGGCAGAAGGAGGUGGAGAACAAGAAACAGGGAGAGCCGUUGAAGAUAAUGAAGAAGACAGAAGAUUUUGGGAGGAGCCUACACCUUAUACUCCAGAAUCUAGACUAGAAACUCACAGAUAUAUGGAAGAAAAACGGAGAGCUAAAGACAAUAUAAGGGACUCAAAAAAAAGAGAGAAGCCUCUUCGGACAUUGAUCACUGCAGAAGGAAAAGUUCUGAAUGUAAAUGUGCCUAAGCUUGAUUUCUCUUUGAAAGAUGAUGAAGAAAACAACCAGAUCAUCUUGGAUCUUGCUGUUUACAGACAUUUGGACACUUCUCUGCUUGAUGUUGAUGUCCAGCCAACUUAUGUACGAGUGCUGGUGAAGGGAAAGCCAUUUCAGCUUGUGCUCCCUGAAGAAGUGAAGCCAGACAGCAGCUCUGCUAAAAGAUCACAAACCACUGGUCAUUUAGUUGUCAGCAUGCCAAAGGUAUGUAAAAUAAUCUGA